AUGACUUGCGUACGAGCUGAAGCAGAUGGGUUGGAUCGAGCUGAUGGCUGUGAGGUAUUCUGCUGCGAAGGCGGCAUCAACAGGGACCGAUUAAAGCCGGGAAGGAUGCUGUUAGUGGACACAUUUGCAAAGAAGAUCGAAACGGAUGAGGAUCUGAAGAGACGCAUAGCGCAAUCCAGACCACACAAGAAGCUCACAUCCAAAAGAGUUUACCUAGAUCUGCUACGAAAAGACGACGUGCUAUCACAUGGUGCUGUAACGAACGAGUAUCUCAUCAAAUGUCACUUGGAAGCGUUAGGAAUUGAGAGCUCAAGAAAGAAAGAUGUGCACUUGGAUUCUGACCGACGUCUGCCGUUGUACGCCUAUACUCAUGACACAUUCAGUCUGUUACUUGUGCCGAUGAUCAAAGAAAAGUAA